GGUGAGGCUUUUCAGCUGGUUAGCCAAACAUCCACAGAAAAAGAGAUGAGCAGGAAAACGAGACGAAGAAAUUAGGAACAAUUAAUUAUACGCUAGAAAAAUAGCGACAGAAAGAAAAUCUGUUUAGGUGGAACGUUGAAACAUCGGCACACACUCUCAUCACACCCAGGGGCAAAAGCUUCACCUGGUGUUCUGCAGGACCAAGCAGUUGUGUGACAGAUUAUCAUCUUCUGUGUGACAGUGGACAAGUACAGAGGUCUAGGAUUGAUAGGAACACAUGCUCUAAAACCAACUAACUAAGAUCUAUGGCAAUAAAUCACAUGCCUGAGGUAUUUAUACCAGUAUCAGCUGUAAGAAAGGGGAACCUCUGAACUAGUUUUUGGUAAACUCAGAUUACCUCAACUGCUGUUAAAGUCUGCACUGGGGUUGGGUGCAUGGGUUUUGUGCUGACAGCAGGCUGUUGUCAUGGUGGACUGGUAUAUCUUAGCCUGAAGCUAGCAUAGCUUCCCAGUUUCAUAUAGCAUGUUAGCAUAUGGCUAGCCACGCAUGGUGACUGAUAAGGCCAUUAUCCCCUUCCCCUCCAUCACCAUCUCUGGCCCCUACAAGGGGGUAUAAACUGGUUGGAAGUGUUGCCCCCUUACCCUGUCAUUUUUUCAUUUCUCUUUAAUUUAGUCAUCUAUCCACCCACCCAGCAAUCAUUAGCUUUUGAUUUCUUUCACUCUCAUCAGCCCUCAUCACUUAUUUUAUAGUACUAAGCACUCUUAAGUUCUGCAUAACUAAGCUCUAGUGUUUUAUAUCCGCUUAUUUCCUUUCAUUUCUAGCAUCUGUCCCAGUCCAGCGAAGACCCUGCCCUCUUUAAAGUUAAACCCCAAGCCAAGUUAAAUUCACAUUUUGGCCCCGCGGAGACCAUCCUAACGUCUGACAGUCAAGCCGCUAGGCAGUUGUUUUGGUAGUUGUUUUGGUUGCAUGGAAUCGGCUUAACCGUGGAGAGGCCAGGCUACCACAAACUGAUGGACUUUGACAAGCGAGGAGUAGGGGGAGGAGGUGGUGGUGGCGGUGGUGGUGGAGGAGGAGGAGGUGGUGGGGGAGGUGGAGGCAAGGGGGAGACGGAGGAGGGGAAGAGGAUGCCUGGAAAGAAGGGGAGUCGAUCAGGGCAUGGUGGACGGGGUGCCAGCUCCAACUCCGGGGUUCUGAUGGUCGGACCAAACUUCCGGGUAGGAAAGAAGAUCGGCUGUGGGAACUUUGGAGAGCUGCGACUUGGAAAGAACCUGUACACCAAUGAAUACGUGGCUAUUAAACUGGAGCCUAUCAAGUCACGGGCGCCCCAGCUCCACCUAGAAUAUCGCUUCUACAAACAGCUGGGAAGUUCAGAGGGCGUACCCCAAGUGUUUUACUUUGGACCAUGUGGUAAAUACAAUGCUAUGGUUCUGGAGCUACUGGGACCUAGCUUAGAAGAUCUGUUUGACCUCUGCGACCGGACCUUCUCUCUUAAGACAGUACUCAUGAUAGCUAUACAACUGAUAACCCGUAUGGAGUUUGUCCAUACCAGAAGCCUGAUCUAUCGAGACGUGAAGCCUGAGAACUUCCUGGUGGGCCGACCUGGCUCCAAACGGCAACACACCAUCCACAUCAUAGACUUUGGCCUGGCGAAAGAAUACAUUGACCCAGAGACCAAGAAACACAUCCCAUACAGAGAACACAAGAGUCUGACUGGAACUGCUAGAUAUAUGAGCAUCAAUACACAUUUGGGGAAAGAGCAAAGCAGGCGGGAUGACCUGGAAGCUCUAGGCCACAUGUUCAUGUACUUUCUGCGAGGCAGUCUACCCUGGCAGGGACUCAAGGCUGACACCCUGAAAGAACGUUAUCAGAAGAUAGGGGACACAAAGAGAGACACACCAAUAGAAGUCCUCUGUGAAAGCUUCCCAGAAGAGAUGGCCACCUAUCUGCGGUACGUGCGUCGGCUGGACUUUUUCGAGAAGCCAGAUUAUGACUAUCUGAGGAAACUCUUUACGGACCUCUUUGACAGAAAUGGAUACAUCUUUGACUACCAGUAUGACUGGACUGGAAAACCACUGCCCACACCUAUUGGUCCAGUGGCCAGUGAGACUCCACUUCAGACGAGCAACCGAGAGAAAGCACCGCAGACCAAAAACCAGUCUCCAGAGGGGAAAGGCAGUGAGUCGCAGCCCACUCCAGUGACCAAUCGAGAGCUGCUGGGCUCCCAUCUCACUGCUGAUAGGCUGGGCGGGUCUGUCCAGGUGAUGAGUUCAACCAAUGGAGAACUGAAUACAGACGACCCCACAGCAGGGCACUCCAAUGCACCAAUCACGGCCAAUGCAGAGGUGGAAGUGGCUGAUGAUACCAAGUGCUGCUGUUUCUUCAAGAGGAGGAAGAGGAAAGCCCUCCAGAGACACAAAUGAAAAUGAGAGAGAAACCCUGGUCUCCUUUUGUUUUUCUCUCUUUUUUUCUCUAGCCCUCUUCAUAUAGCCCUCUCUUUCCUACCCACUCAGUCCCCCUCUGACCCUCCUCCUCUGCUGUUGGGGGUCCUGUAGUUUACCUUGGGUCGACUGGACUGGCCGGACCACCGGGCAGCACAAUAUGUUUGCUAAGCUGAUCUACUGGUUUCUGCUGCUCUGGAACAACUGGACAGACAGAGUAACAUGUUUGCCGUUCCACCUCGGAGCUUUAACUGUGGACUAGAUGUACCAGCAGAGGAGUCUUCACGUAUUUAUGGUCACAAACUGAACUGAAACUGGAUAAACACAAACUGCUGUUGGAAACAAGUGACCACGAACAAACAGCUGAUAGACUGUAAAAGGCAAGCUGAUUGGCUGAAAGACUGGAUUCAGCUAGAUUACUGGCAGACUGGCUGGUUCUCUAUUUUUUUGUUUUUGUUUUUUUCUUCCUUACUGACUGGUUCAGAGGAGAGAGAAGUGUGUUUCCGAGGAUAUACAGAAGAAAGGAGAACAAAGGAUGGGAAGUAACGAGACUGUCGGACCACACGUACACAAAACAUACACUUGUACAAACACGCUGCACAUUUUCUCAAGUUCAUCAUAAAGAGACUUCAUGGACAUAAAGAUGCAGCUCUUGCACAUACUCUAUAAAGUUUUUAUUCCCUAGGGUCAAAGGCAGUAUACCAUGAGCGGCUUGGUCUAUUUCCUGCAACGGAUUGGGCUUGGUGUACUACUCAGACACAUUCACCCUCAGAGGAAAAACCUCACAACCACCAGAAUAGGAAGUUGAAAAAGAUGUUUAUGUGAAAAUUAUGCUUUUCCUGUUUUAAUUUCUAACUAAAAAAGACUGUCUACAGUUUGGAACCUGUGUUUUUUUUUUCUUUUUCCUUUUUUUUUUUUGAGUUCCAAAAGUUUGUGUUUUGUAGCUUGAAGUGUGUUCCUCAAAAUGUAUUUUUUUUAACUUGUAUUUUUAAUUUUCCCGUUUUUUGUUUUUUUUCCCUCUUUCUCUCUGGGUUGGAGGAUGGAAAGUCGGAUAACUCCAUUAAAAAAACAACCAAACAAAAUAAAA